AAUAUCGGCCCAACAAAAUAUUCAGCCAAAGGUUCAGAGUACUUUUCCUUCACGAUACAAGAAAAGCAAACUAAGACGAAAUCCCUGUGCUUUUCGCCAAAAAACCACCUUUUCGCCAACAAAGCACAAGUCCGAUAUAGCGAAAAAGGCGGAAAGCGGCACGCCUUGUAAGAUUACUAAAUUCAACCGCGAUCCCAAAGAAGAUAACGUCGUAUGGAUAAACUAUCAUACCAAUGUUGACGAGGCACCCGAGACGAUGGUAGAUUUCUCUCAAGAUCAAGUUAAUACAGAUCAAGCACCACCAGUCGUCACAACUAAAGAUGUUAACGCCAUCAAAGUUUUCGAAACRGUUUGCGCGACAGGGCUCRUGAWGUUUGGGGAUAACAAACCGCAGCCAAUCCCAAAUAAGAAAAAUCUCACAAAGUUAGAAGGCUGUCUCAUUGAUGAAACUGGCAGCAUCCCCAUAACCAUUUGGAAUGAACAUAUUCAACUUGUUCAAGACGGAGAAUUCUACAAGAUCCAAAAUAUGGUUGUGAAGCAGUAUUUUGGCCMAAAGUUCCUGUCAUCKACCACUUCAUCAAAUUUCCAAAAAGUCACUGAAAACCUGCCUAAAUUAUCCCCCGACGUAGUCCAAGAAGCAGGAGACCAGCUUAGAAAUACUGAAGUAAGAUGCUCUAAUUUCCGUAGUGUAGAUAUUAUCACAUAUUAUAAUUGUUUGAACUGCGCCAAACGACUUCCAUUU